AAUGUAGGGAAUUGAGUGUGCAUAUUUUUAUGCACAGUGCACAUCAUUGGUACUGAUGCCAUGCAUGGCAAUAGUCUUGCAUAGAUCAUAGGAUGAGAUAGCUGCAAGAGUGCAAAGUCAAGGCCUCCGAUCAUGGAUGAAAGAACAACACGUUUUACAGGCCAGGAGAAGUUCUUCUCCUGCAACACAUUAGUUUGUCUCUUACAAGCUCUUAAAGGUCACAGCACUACUAUUGAGCUCAGAAAUGAGUCAGAAGUCUGUGGAGUGAUUGACUAUGUUGAUGGCUUUAUGAACGUGACUGUACGACCGGCACGGUUCACGGAUGCGGCCGGAACGUGCGCCAGAUUCGACUCGUUCUUCGUGCACGGACGACAGAUUCGCUACGUGCACAUACCAGACGAGGUGUCACCCCUGUCGGCCAUCCGCCGACAACUGGAGGUGAACCAGCGUGGUGGCCGUGCCGUGCGCUCAGACGAGGCCGAUCAGAUGAAACGCUCCCGGCGCACCAAGAAGGCGCAGGCCUACACCCGCGAAACGGUGCGCGCGAUGGCCUUCCAGGAGGGUUCAGCCGGCGCUGCCGCUGGGGGCUCCGCUUCAGGGAGCUCCGCCGCGCCGCCGCCGCCGCCGCCUCCGGGAGGACCUGACGACGAUGCUGAUUUCGUGUGACACCGCCCUGUUCUGUUCUGGGACUCAGCUGGAAUGAGGAAGAGGCGAACACACGUUUGGUACCUGAUUGUGCUGAUGAGCAUGGCUCGACGGCCCGGAUGGGGUCAUGUGGUACUGUGUUUGCAUUUGUGUGACUAUAGGAGCGAUGCCUACUCGUGUUGGCUGUGUCGUUAGAUCAGCAGUUACUGGCGAGGAAGUGCCGCUGCUUCCUACCUAACUAUGUACGGUCUGCAGCACAUCGAUACGGCUAUACGGACGGCCGUGGUUCAUUAAACUUGUCUGGAAUCGGGACAUGCUGAGAAGUGAUAAAGGCUGACCAGUGACCCGUGAUCUAAUUUGGUUUUGAAUUUGAAGUCAGUGCGAUCCGUUGUAGUCAUGCGAUUCAUCUGAAGUUUUGGUUCAUCUCAUGACUUGCCAGGUGUGUAUUCGUUGUGAUGUGUGCCUAUAAAUGCGUCUGUUUGCUACCUGAUAUUGUUUUUUCUAAUAAACAAUUAUAAACAUGAAA